AUGCGACCCCAACAAGAACUGAAAGAACUCGGUUUCGAUGGCUCCACUUCCGCUUUUAGUAAGGCGUUUCUCGCGAAGAGAAGUGCCACUAAAGCGCAGUGGGAUGAGAAAGUUGAAACCUUUAAGAAAUGGGGCUGGUCUGAUGAACAGAUUCUUGAAACAUUUAAGAAGCAUCCUUUCUGUAUGCUGGUAUCGCCUCGGAAAAUCAAUGCAAUCAUGGAUUUUUGGGUUUACCACCUAGGUUUGGAUUCUUUGGACCUUGCCAGAGCUCCUAGAAUUCUUCAAUGCAGUCUCGAGAAGAGGAUUAUUCCUAGAGCUUCGGUUGUGCAGUUUCUUAUCUCGAAAGGCUUGCGACAGAAGGAUGCAGGCGUGUAUACGCCGUUUGUUGUAUCUGAGAAGUUGUUUGUGGAGAAGUUUGUGAAAGGCUUUGAGGAGCAUUCUUCUGAUCUCAUAAAGCUUUAUGAGGAAAAACUGAAUCUUGCAGAUGGUAGGAACGGCAUUCAGCUGGUGUGA